AUGAACCCCUCCGAGUACGAGAUUCAGCGCGAGGUCGAAAAUCUCCGGGACAUCAAGCGACGCUCGAGCACUCAAGGCGGCCCAGGUGCGCUCUUGAUCGACCCCGACCUCCCGGAGCAGUCGGCCACGGGGUCUCAUGGGAACUACUGGACCGCCGGCUCGACGGAGAGCGACGAGCUGGAGGGCACGUCCAGCGAAGAUGCCAGCGAUCAGAUCCUCAGCCCGACCAACGACGACCCCGCGAACCUCUUCUGGGUUCCCGCCCGCCUCCAUCCCGAGAUUGCUCCCUCGGAGUUCAGCGCGUUUCUCAAGGAGCACACCCGUGUCGCGGCCGAUGGAUCGACCUUAGGGCUCUCGCGCACCGCCUCGAGCUCGUCCACGUCGAGUCUGGGGCGCAAGAAGUCUAUGCUGCGAAACCAGUACAGGCCGACAGCGAACGACGGCGUCGAGCACGAGUCCGUCAAACCCCUCCGGAGAAACCGAUCUACCGCCUUCCCCAACGCCGUUCCGCAGCUUACGAUCAGCGACCUUCAGAAAUUGGAGGAGCUCGCGGAGGAGGCCUCGAAGAGCGAUGACCCCUCCAAGCUGCGGUCCAUCUUGCGGAGGAGUAUGAGUAUGAAUGUCGCACCCUCAGCUAUCGACAGGAUGGAUGAUCUGCCCCUAGCCGAUGAAGGUGACGCGCCCAUCAUCGUCCCUCCGCAGCCUCUACGGCGUGCCGCCAGGACGAAAAUCCGAAAACCCGGCGUGGAGGGCACGGGGAACACUAGGUUCUCUGCCCGUCGGAGAACAUCUGCCUCGGCCCGUAUCGCAGCAAUGGAAGCGCAGAGGACGUCGAGCGACAUUUCCUCCAGCGAUCACGAUCACAGCGAAGAGGCGUUCAAUCGCCCGCCUCUUCCCCACGCUGCCGGCAGUUUCAUGGACGAAGCACCCGCACUACGUCCCAAAUCAUUUGAAGAUGAACAUGAGCGCCCACAUUCGCUUGUGACCUCUAUCUAUGAAGCCUACGCUUCGGACGACGUUUCGGUAGAGUCAGACGAGAUCUCUAUUCGCGCGACGUCUCCACCGUCGGCGCCCGCGCCCGUCCUCCCACUCGUACACGAGUUUCCUCCCCCUCAGAACCCGAUUCCCAUCGCUUCGCCUCAACCCAUUCAGGCGCAACAGCCAGUCAUCCACUCGCCACAGCCGCAGCGCAUGCUGUCCCCUCCGAACGAAUCACAAACACCCUCCCGAACACCGUCGCCCGAAGGGUCUAUGGAAAGCGUGCCGCAUCUGCGACAAGCAUCCGCACCCGAGACUACUUCGCCUUCCUCCGUCUCGAGCCCGGGCAAGAAGGACAAGGACAAGAAGGGCAGCCGUUUCAAGUGGGGCAGCGAUAAGAGCAGCAAGAAGGCCGGGAAGGGCGAGCGCGAGAAGGAGAAGGAUAGCGGGUUCUUUGGGUCCUUGUUCGGGGGCGGCAAGAAGAAGCAGGAGGAGAGCGCGUCGACGCCGAUAGGGUCAGGGACGUCCGGCCGAGAGGCGGCGGCGGCCCUUUUGGGCGCGUCGAAGGCCAAGUCUCGUGCGACGUCGCCAGCACCUCAGCCCGGCGGACCUUAUGCGCGUUACCCCAUCCACGUGGAACGCGCCAUCUACAGGCUCAGCCACAUCAAACUGGCCAACCCGCGUCGACCGCUGUACGAGCAGGUGCUCAUCAGCAACCUCAUGUUCUGGUACCUCGGCGUCAUCAACAAGACGACGCAGCCGCCUACGCCCUCGACGACGCCGCCACCCGGCGGGCAGACCACCGCGGACCAGGCGGAGAAGGAGAAACAGGAGCGGGAGAAACGCGAAAAGGAGGAGCGUGAGAAGGCGGAGAAGGAGCGGAUCGAGAAGGAGCGCGAGAGGGAAAGGGAGCGCGAACGGCUGGAGCAGCAGAAACGCGAGUCAUCGAAGCGGGGGACGCUCACCAAGCCUGGGGCGCCCGGGGCGGGCGCGCGGCGGGCGGAGAUGCCGGUGCGGAGCCCGCAGUACGACAUGCAGCACCGAUCGAUGGAGCAGGAGUACGGCGGCGGCAGCGGGUACGGUCAGCCUCCGUCAUCGGCGCCCCCCAUUCGGACGGGCGGGGCUCCGCCGCCGCCGUCGACCGCCGUCGCGCCCUACGGUUACUCGCGCGACCGGACAAACUCGUCCCCGACGCUCGGGCAGCCGUUCCAGUACCCGCCCGGAACCGCGCCGAUGUACUACGGCGACGGAGGGCAGCCGCGGCCUGCGGCGACGCCGCAUUUGCCGCCGGGGGCGAUGCCGCCCGCGCAGAUGGAGCAAGCGUGGCUGCAGCAGAACCCUGCGCGUACGGCGGGCGGGUCGUCGCACCCGCCGAUGGCGGCCGCGGCCUACGGCGGUGGGCGCGCGCCUCCGCAGAGCCAGCCGAACCGAUACGCUCCGGCGCAGCAGUUCCAACAGUUCAACGGCGGGAGCGGGUUCAACGGCGGAGGGGGCGGCGGCGCGAACGGCCUCAAGGGGCGCUCGCUCUCGGCGACGGCGGUCGCGCCCCAGCCGAAUGGCGGGGGCAUGUUGGGCAAGCCGCGGGCGAGCAGCGCACACGCUGUGGCGCCCAAGGUGCACGGGCGGCCGAGGACGGCGGACGGCGCCCCCGCAGGCGAAGAGGACGUGCCACUCGCGCUCUGGCAGCAGCAGCAUCGGCGAUAA